GGCAUGUUGGCGGAGGGUGUACAAAUUAAAACCUUUCGUUCUUUUCAAGAUCUACGUAUCCUAUUGAUAUUUAGCAGUAAAAACUACUUUCGAGGAGUAUAGCAAGUAGACAUGAAGUAGAACUAUAAUGAAUUUGUUACUGUCUUACUGUUUUUUUCUUUCUUAUCACAGACCAGUUGAAUUUUCAGAAGAUGAUUACCCACGAGUUGAGUAUCAAAGAAGACAGCAAUUUUGGGACCCUAUACGACUAGCUCUUUUCACAUUGGCAAUUGUAGCAAUCAUAGGAAUUGCAAUUGGCAUUGUUACUCAUUUUGUUGUUGAGGAUGAUAAGUCAUUCUAUUACCUUGCCUCUUUUAAAGUCACAAAUAUAAAAUAUAAAGAAAAUUAUGGAAUGAGAAACUCAAGAGAGUUUAUAGAAAGAAGUCAUCAGAUUGAGAGAAUGAUGUCUAGGAUAUUUCGACAUUCUUCUGGAGGAGGUCGGUUUAUCAAAUCUCAUGUUAUCAAAUUAAGUCCAGAUGAAAAUGGUGUUAACAUACUUAUGGUGCUCAUGUUUCGAUACCCAUCUACUGAUAGUGCUGAGCGAAUCAAGAAAAAAGUUGAAAGGAUUUUAUAUCAAAGUCUGAAGACAAAACAGUUGCCUUUGACUAUAAACAAACCAUCAUUUACACUCACAUCUAUCGACAGCAAAAAGAUGAGGAAUCUUCUCAACAGCCGCUGUGGAAUAAGGAUGACAUCUUCAAACAUACCGUUACCAGCAUCCUCUUCUACUGAAAGGAUUGUCCAAGGAAGGGAAACAGCUAUGGAAGGAGAGUGGCCAUGGCAGGUCAGCCUCCAGCUUAUAGGGGCGGGCCAUCAGUGCGGAGCCAGCCUCAUCAGUAACACGUGGCUGCUCACAGCAGCUCACUGCUUCCACAAAAAUAAAGACCCAAGUCAAUGGAUUGCUACUUUUGGUGUAACUAUAACACCACCUGCAGUGCAACGAAGUGUGGAGAAAAUUAUCCUUCAUGAAAAUUACCACAGAGAAACAAACGAAAAUGACAUUGCUUUGGCUCAGCUCACUACCCGAGUUGAGUUUUCAAAUGUAGUUCAGAGAGUUUGCCUCCCAGAUUCAUCUAUAAGGCUACCACCUAAAACAAGUGUCUUUGUCACAGGAUUUGGAUCUGUUAUAGAUGAUGGACCUAUACAAAAUAAACUUCGGCAAGCCAGAGUGGAAACCAUAGGCACUGAUGUGUGUAACAGAACGGAUGUGUAUGAUGGCCUGAUAACUCCGGGAAUGUUAUGUGCUGGAUUCAUGGAAGGAAAAGUAGACGCAUGUAAGGGUGAUUCUGGUGGACCUCUGGUUUAUGACAAUCGUGACAUUUGGUACCUUGUCGGUAUAGUAAGUUGGGGACAAUCAUGUGGUCUUCCCAAAAAACCUGGGGUCUAUACCAGAGUGACUCAGUAUCGAGACUGGAUUGCCUCAAAGACUGGUAUCUAGUGUGAAUCGUCCAUGAAUUAUACCCAUGGCACACAAAAAUAAAAUUCCUACAUAUUGUAUAUUAUUUAUAUUCAUGUGGUUUGGAUCAGUGCUUUUGCUGGAUGUCAAGAAGUCCUUCAGACUCAGAUCAAUCUCAAAUUAUGAGAUGGUCUUUGUGUACACGUGACUGAACCCUCUCUACCCUGAGAGAAGAAGACACAGCAAAUGACAGGUAGCACUGACUUCUCACUCACGAGGGAAAUUGUUGUGAUGCUUAUUAACAAGAUGAACAUUUAUAAAUGGCUUUCCCCAAUGGAACACAGGGGACAUCAUUUUCCACAGGAUAUGAAGAGCUGCCAAAACCUUACCUCAUAUAAUACCCGGAGCACUUAGAUUCUUCUAGCAAAAACACGAAACAGCAGUCUUCCCUGAGGGUUCUGGGCUUCAGCAUUCUAGGACUGAUGAUGGACAUUCAAAGGCUAGAAUGGAGAAGCGUGAAAUUUGCAAUAUAACUUGAUCUCUAAUCUGGGUUUAGAAGUAAUGAUGCAGAGCAUUAUUAUCCACCACAAGAGCUGCCAUUUAAGAGAGAUUGAAAUGUAUCUGAACUAGCUGUUAACAUUGUGUUAUACUGAAGCACCAGCUUCAGGAUGCAUGUUCUGUUGUUAAUAGGCAUUGCUGAUUUAUUCUUUAACAGCUUCUUGCCAUUCAUACAUCAAUUGGAGUUAGGCCAAAAGGAGAAUAAAGAAGACUCCUGGGAGCGUUUUUCUGUGGGCUCAAGGAGGAUAAAAAGACCUGAUGGGACCUCGGCCAGCAGAGUUGGUUUCAAAUGAUUAAGAACAGGACAGACACUUUUUAGAUUUUUGGUAGAAUGAGCUAUUCAAUUAUUUAUUUAGAAAUAUCUACAUCAACAUAUAGUAACUGGAGCUUUUGUAAGUCUUCAGCUCUCUGAGAGGUGAGAUGUCUGUGAGAAUGUCGGGUUGGGAGAGCUGAUUUGUGUAAAGCAUUUAGGACAGUGCCUAGUAUAUAUUAUGCACUGUAUAAAUAUUUAUUAUAAUGGAAAGGAAUGCCUCUGUGAGUUUUAAGAUAAAUUAACUUAAUUUGUCAAAUAAAUGAAUGACUUUGGGGCUUAAAACAGCCAAAAGUUUAGUGGUGGAAAGCACAGGCUUUGAAACCAGAUUACACGAGCUUGAAUGUUGGCUCUGCCACAUAUGAGCUGUGCGUCUUUGUGCAGGUUUCUUAAUAUCUCUGUGCUUUAGCUGUUUCACUUCCACAAUGGGAAUAGAAAUGGUACCCACUUCAUAUUAUUUGUGUGAGGUUUAAAUGUGUUAAUACAAGUAAAGCACUUGGAAAGUGUCUGCAGACAGUAGGCUCUCAAUAUGGACCAGCUACUAUUAAUUAUUAUUAAUGUGCUUUGCAUUGAAUAAAACAAUAUGCUUUUUAAAAACGGUCCCUUGCUUCUUUAAAAUCAUGUAAUUGAUUUCACAAUACUUUACAUUGUAAAAGAAUUAGUUGAGUUAGAUUUUCAAAAUCACUUUUUAUGUCUCAUUAAUGUAUUUUGAACUCUGUCUGUUUAUAGACAAGUAGUUAUAGGAGGUAUGGUCAUCUGUGACCAGGGUUGUGACCACAGAGAUGCAGCUCCUUAUUCAUCUCCUGGCUGCAAACGGGAGACCUCAAGUGCUAAAUUUCUUGCUCUGAUUUAUCAGAGAAAAAUCUAGCCUCUCUGUUUCUUUAAUGACUAAAAGUUUUGUUAAUUUACAUGUUUGUGUGUUUAUAGGUAAUAUGUGUAAACAAGAUGAAUAUGAUAAAAAGAUCUCCUAAUUGUUAUUGUUUACAUAUCAAUAUUAGGAUAUAAACACAAAAGGGUCAUCCAGGCACACUUUCCUCUUAAAAAGGAAAUGUCACCAAAUUUCUGAGUUGAUGACUACUAAUAAGUAAAUAUCAACAGGAAAAGCAGAAUAAAAACUUAAAAACUUUACAAUUUCUUUUAUAUGCAGAGAAACACCCAAAGCUUUCUGGAGAAUAUUCAGCAUAUUGACGAUGUGCUUGAUUGAUGAUAGGUCUUUUUUAUAUUAAAACUAAACACAACCUUUGAGAGAAACAGGAAAACAUCUGUCUACAGGGAAAAACAAUCGUUUUCUACUAUGUAAGUUCUUUAGCAUUGGAUGUGUGCUUUUGUGUAACUGCAUUUAUAUUUUCAGAAGACUGAUAACUUCUCACAUAUAAGUGUCUGUGAAAUAUAUAUACUGAUUUAAAUAAUUCUAUGCUUAAUUCAAUUCAAUUUCAUGACGUUUUAACACAAAUGAGAGGAAUAAGUACAAAAGGAUAUAAGUAAAUCUAAAAAAAGGAAGAGUCUAUUUUUUAAGCAGGAUUUAUAUGUCCUAUUUCUAGUUUGCUGUCUGACCUAUCGAGUGGUGUUAAAGAAUCGUGCAAUAGCUUUUACCUCAUGUUUUCCAGCUACCCAAUGGGACAUUAAUCUGUCUACCUCAUGGCAUUGUUGUGAGGCUGUCCUGUUGAAUAAUAAAGUUGAAAAGUCAAAGGAUGUCUAAAACCUGCUCCAAAAAAUGCAACGGGUAUUACUGUAAACUAAUCUCAGUACAGGUGGCGCUGCAAAUAUUAAGAUUGUCAAAAAGUUUUCUUUUACAGUGUUGGCAUUUUUAUUUGUCAAUAGUAUUGCUUUGUGAAUUUUGCAAAUAUAUU